AAAGGUAAAAAAAAAAUAAAUUAUAACAGCUAAUUUUUUAUUAUAUUUUUUAAAUGUUUGGGCCGACUUCGGGUUCGGAUCUUUGCUAGCCCGAUCCAAACAGGCCCAUUUCUCGAUACAGGACGUUCCGCUUACUAUAAAUAUCCCGAUCGUUUUUCGUAAAGCACCUUUUUUCCCUCCCAAAUCAAGACGAUUCAACUAUGCCACCCAAAGAAAUGGAACCGAUCGCCGGAGAAGACGAGGUCGCCGGAGAUCCUCAAGCUGAAGCGGCCGAGAUCACUGGAGAAGAAGAGAUGGCGUUGGCGGAGGCGUCGAUCGCCGAGGGAGAUGAGAAGGACGGAGAGAUCGAUGCUUCUGCGGCUGUGGCGGCGAAUCAGAUGGCUGGAGGAGACGAUAAGGGCGGAGAGCUCGAUGCUGCGGCGGCGACGACGAUCGCCGGAGUAGAGGAGAAGGGCGGAGAGCUCGAUGCUUCGGCGGAGAUGGAAACGGCGCCAAUGGCAGGCGGAGGCAAGAAGUAUGGAGGGCUCAAUGCUUUGGCGGCGCCGACGGUGUCGCCGAUCUCUGAUAGACACAAUAAAGGCAUAUGUCUCAAUGCUUUUGGGGCAGCGGCAGCGGCGGCGAUCACCGACAGAGACAAGAAGGGAAGAGGGCUCGAUACCUUGGCCGCAGCGCCGGUGGCGGCGGCGCCACCUCCUCAGCCUCCUCUUCUGCCGGACCCCCUGCCUUCAUACAAAGAUGUCGUCGAAAUGUUGAGAUCGAUCUCCCCCACCGUCCCCACUGUUGGCAUCCACAAGUCUAUGGUUCCCGGCUUCGGAGAUAAGGAAUCGUUGCGGGAAUUCGCUGCCAAGUAUCCAUCAUGCGACGUCAUCAUUAAGGAACAUAUGGAGAAGCUUGGUAAAGCCUAUCCAUUUUUUAGACGAACAUAUCUGGUUGGCAGCUCGUUGUUUCGGUGCUUCAUGAUUGCUUACCUGGAGCAAAUUCUGAUAGCAGAAGACUACCAAGAGGCUUCUUAUAUGCUCCAAUGUAUUGAAGAUUGCAAGUACAGGCAUAUGAACCUUGGAGGCUCUAAGUCCGAGUUUGACGAUUUUGCUAGAGAAUUCUCUCAACUGCUGUCCAGUGUUUCAAGAAAAAAAAAUCGUAUAAGUCACAAGGAGCUCAUGGAGAAAUGCCACGACGAACAUACUUCACGCAGCAUUAUAGUUUUCUUAAAAUUAGCUGCUUGUGCUGUGGCUUGUGAAACGUGGGCAGCAGCGUGUGGAUAUCAAAACGCUGCAGCGUUCUGCCUCAAGGAAAUUGUCCCGACAAACUGUGAAGGAGUGGAUGGAAAAAUCAUCAGCCUCGUGGUGAGUGCAUUUCGGGUGCCGGUACGCGUGUUCACGCUGACGAAUACACGAUUGCUGCGCCAAGAUCCCCAGGACUACCUCUCCCCGUCUCUCGGCCCUCCUCGGCCAUUCUUGACCUUCAUGGUAAGGGCCGGCUGUUGCGAAGUUCUCUACUCCUAGUACAAACCACUUAACACACACAAGGACUAGUGUCUUACUGAUUCAUAACAUUUGGUUCAUAAUUUUCUUCCAAGCAUAGGAUUGUUAUAGGCUUCAGUUGAAAAGCAUACUGUUCAUAGAGAAGAGUAGAGAGAAUUGUAGAUUUUGUAGUGGACACAAUGAUGAUAUAGUAUUCGCACUUACUGUGAAACCAAGCAUAUUGUUCUUUAA